GUGUGGCCCGACCGGCGACUCAUUUGUGGUCGCGAAGUGUUUUGUUUAUGUGCAAUAUUUAUGCAUUUCCAAUAGUGCAGCUACCAGGUGAGCAUUCAAGUGUUCCUAAUCUGUGUUAAAAAAAAUGAACGCGUCCUAUGUGCACAUUAUAGUGUGCAUCCUGAUGAGCUGCCAGUACGCAUCUGGCACACUGUCACCCGAUAGUAAAUCCAAGUCAAAGCACAAAGAGUCCAAGUACUUGCGUGGCCCGCAGGACAAUGAUGUGUUUGGUUUGGACUUGAUAUCAUCAGAGCCGCUGCCAAAGGACAUUUUAAUGAAUCAUGAGGCAUACUACAAGGACACUGCUCUGCGACAUUUCAACGGCACAACGCUUGGCUAUGUGACGCCCUGGAACUCGCAUGGCUAUGAUGUGGCCAAGAUCUUUGCAAAGAAGUUUGACAUCAUAUCACCUGUCUGGCUGCAGAUUACGAAGCAAGGCAACGCCUAUGUUGUGGCGGGCACUCAUGACAUCGAUGCCGGCUGGUUAACUGAUGUUCGACGGAAGGGCAAGGUGCAGCAGCAGCCACAGCUUCGUACAGUCAAAGUAUUUCCACGUUUUAUAUUUGACCACUUUACGGAUCGCGAUAUUAAGCUGCUGUUAAGUGAUGCCAAGGAACGCACAAGACUGAAUGAUAUGUUGAUCAAGUCAUGCAAAGAGCACGGAUUUGAUGGGUUGAUACUGGAGGUGUGGUCGCAACUUGCGGGACGAAUUGAUGAACAAAUCCUCUACACAUUGGUGCUACAAAUGGCCAAGGAGCUGCAAAAGGAGCAACUACGCCUCGUAUUGGUGAUACCUCCACAACGUAAGGAUAUGCCAAAUUUGUUUGGUGAAAAGCACAUGGAUAAAUUGUAUAAGCAUGUCUAUGCCUUCUCCCUUAUGACAUAUGACUAUUCGAGUGUGCAGCGUCCUGGUGCGAAUGCUCCACUCUAUUGGGUUCGCAAAGCCGUGGAGCACAUUGCUCCAGCUGGUUGCCACGAAAUGGAGGCGAAACGAGCCAAAAUACUAAUGGGUUUGAACAUGUAUGGCAAUGAUUAUACGCCAGAUGGUGGAGGGCCCAUAACAUACGGCCAAUACUUGGAGCUGGUCAGGCAUGUGAAGAAGCAUCUGACCUUUGACGAGCGCGAUGUUGAGAAUUUCUUUGAGAUCAAAACUGAAACUGGUCGUCAUAUUGUGUUCUAUCCAACGCUAUACUCUAUAAAUGAGCGCAUUAAGCUGGCUAAGGAGCUGGGAACUGGCAUCUCUAUUUGGGAACUGGGCCAGGGCUUGAAUUAUUUUUACGAUCUCUUUUAAAUGAAUAUCAUUCCAGUCAGAAAAACCAAAUAAAACAUUUUUUUAAGUAAUUUGUUUGUUUGAAACCCCUAGAUCUUAGAGACUAGAAAAGCUUUUGUAUCUCUAGCGUUGGUACGUAGGGUUAUGCAUAUUAUAGCAGUUAGUUUAUGCACUAAUUACACGGUCUUUCAGUCGGGUUUUUUUUUACAAGUUUCGAAAUUUAAAAAUAGCAAACUGCCUGUAAUCGGUAUAUCGAAACUACUAAGCUCAAUAGUUUAAUUCGAUAGACAUGUCAAGUUCAAUCAGUCAAUUUGGACUUCGGCUUUUAUAGUUAAUUUAAAUUCUAUUGUUCAUACAAAUUAAAUAUGUAAUAACAUUUUUAUUGAUAUUGUUUAUUGUUGGAUGGGCUUCCAAACGAGAAAUUUGAAGGAUCACCAAGAGCAGCUGGGUCUUCGGUUGGCGGCGAUGGAUUUUUAAAUUGUUCGGCAGAUAUUCUCGUGAACAAUAUUCCGACACCUUCAAUGAGAGCCAAGAGAACUCCUCCAAUUAUUGCGCUUCCAGCCAUAGCUGGAAUGCCGUUUCUGGCUGCCAAGAUACCACCAGUUGCAGCACCGCUUAUAAUAGAGUUCCACGGAUCUUCCUUCUUACGAAAAUGUACUAAGGUGCAAUCAAUUGUACUGAACAUUCCUCCCCAUACUGCAAAAUUUCCGGCUAUGACAGGUGAACGAGUUUUUAUUGCAAUUAAGCUUCCAAGCAUUCGUCUGCUCGUCCCCGAUGGAGCGUUUCGAAAACCUUUGAUUGCCUGAAAGACACCGCCACCAAUGCAACCCAUUGCAAAGGCGCCUCCACAAUCAUCCACAAUUCGAUAUGGACAGGGCUCACGUGUAUAUUCCUCCAUAGUUAUGUAUGUAUGUUUGUUAUCUGCAAACGCACGCCGUCAAUAAUUAUGUAAAAAUGAGAAAACGUUAGUUCCUGUAAGUGUCCACACGUUAUUUCACAUACCACAAAUAUAUAAAACACAAGUAUUCGUUAUCUGA